CUAUCCCAGUACCCGUAACUUACAGCCUCAUCUUCCUGCCCCCCGCCCAGACUGAGACCAGACCCUGAAGCCCCUGCUCAGCCCUCACCAUUGGCCUUCCUUUUCCUUUCUGUACGCUGGUGUCUGGUCCUCUCUGCGCCUGCCCACCCUCUCAGGGAGGUGCCUCAUGGCAGCCCGCCCCUCCGGCCUGGUUUCCUCAGGAAAAGCCUUGGGAGGAAGCAGGGAGGGGGUUGGGAGCUGUGGGGGCCAGACUAACCCAAGCCCUCCCACUGCACUGGCCGCCAUGGGGCUGGGGCUCCUGUUCCUUCUGCUGCUGCUCUGGACUCGGGGGACCCAGGGGUCUGAGCUGGACCCCAAUGGGCGGCACGUCUGCAUGGCCAGCAGCCCCUCUGCUGAGCUCCACUGCUGCCCAGGCUGGAGGCAGAAUGAUCGAGAAUGCACCACCCCCAUCUGCGAGGGGCUGGACGUCUGCCGGGAAGACGAGGUGUGUGUGAAACCAGGCCUCUGUCGAUGCAAACCUGGAUUCUUCGGGGCCCGGUGCAACUCGCGCUGCCCGGGCCAGUACUGGGGCCCCGACUGCCGGGAGAGCUGCGCCUGCCACCCGCACGGCCAGUGCGAGCCGGCCACGGGCGUGUGCCACUGCCAAUCCGACCGCUGGGGCGACCGCUGCGAGUUCCCGUGCGCCUGCGGCCCCCACGGGCGUUGCAACCCCGAGACCGGCGCGUGCCGCUGCGAGCCCGGCUGGUGGUCGCCCACGUGCCGCCGCCCGUGCCAGUGCAACCCGGCGGCGGCGCGCUGCGAUCAGGCCACCGGCUCCUGCCUGUGCGAGCCGGGCUGGUGGGGCCGCCGCUGCAGCUUCCGCUGCGCCUGCCACGGCUCGCCGUGCGCGCAGGAGUCGGGCCGCUGCGCCUGCCGGCCCGGCUGGUGGGGCUCCGAGUGCCGGCAGCCUUGCGAGUGCGUGCGCGGCCGCUGCAGCGCCGUCUCCGGCCUGUGCACAUGCCCUCCCGGCUUCCGCGGCGCGCGCUGCGAGCUGCCCUGCCCCGCAGGCCGCUACGGGCUUCAGUGCCGCGACAGCUGCGGCCACUGCAAGCAGAAUGAGCCAUGUUCCGCAGACACAGGUAGCUGCGAGUCCUGCGAGCCGGGCUGGAAUGGGACUCAGUGCCACGAGCCCUGCCCUCCUGGCACCUUUGGCGAGAGCUGCAGGCAGCAGUGCCCCCACUGCCGGCUUGGGGAGGCCUGCCAGCCAGACACCGGGCACUGUCGACAUUGUGACCCUGGCUGGCUGGGGCCCAGGUGUGAAGACUCCUGCCCGAUUGGCACCUUUGGGGAGGGUUGUGGCUCUACCUGCCCCACCUGUGUCCGGGGGGCCUGCGAUGCUGUGACUGGGGAGUGUGUCUGCAACGCCGGCUACUGGGGGCCCAGCUGCAACACUUCGUGCCCAUCUGGCUUCCACGGAAACAACUGCUCUGUUCCCUGCGAAUGUCCAGAGGGAAACUGCCACCCUGUCUCUGGGGCCUGCCAGCUGGGAUCUCAUGGUCAGGAUGCCGCCCUCCUUGCGGGCAUUCUUGUGCCUCUGCUGCUUCUCCUCCUGGCCAUCGCCUGCUGUGCUUGCUGCUGCUGGGCUGCCCGGCUGGAUCCCAAGGACAGGCCAGCGAGAGAUGGGACCGCUAUGUCCAGGAUGAAGCUGCAGGUCUGGGGGGCACUGACCUCCAGCCUGGGCUCUGCGCUGCCCUGCGGUUCCCUCAGCAGCCACAAGCUUCCCUGGGUGACAGUCUCGCACCAUGAUCCGGAGAUCCCCUUCAACCAUAGCUUCAUCGAACCGCCCUCGGCUGGCUGGGCCUCGGACGACUCCUUCUCUACUGAUCCCGAGUCUGGAGAAGAGGACGAAGGUCCUGCCUACUGCGUGCCACCCCAAGAAGGGAUGGUCCCUGUGGCCCAAGCAGAGUCACCAGAGGCCAGCCUGACCGGAGGUCCCUUCCCUCCCGCUGAGGAUGCCUCCACGCCGUUUGCCAUCCCGCGCACUUCCAGCCUAGCUCGGGCCAAGCGGCCGUCAGUCUCCUUUGCCGAAGGCACCAAGUUUGCACCACAGAGUUGCCGAGGCUCCGGGGAGCUCUCCAGCCCUCUCCGUAAGCCCAAGAGGCUCUCCCGGGGGGGCCAGCCAGGUCCUGAAAGCCAGGAGGCCGAGGAGUCCACAGGCCCAGAGCAAGCAGAAAUGAACGGGGCCCCUCCUGGUGCCGCCAGCCCCAGGGAUUCAGCCACUGGCCGCCGCCGGCUCCCGCUUAGUGGCCGGACAGUGGCUGAACGUGUGGAAGCCAUUGAGGGCAGUGUCCAGGAGAGUGCAGGCUCUGUGACCACAAUCUACAUGCUGGCAGGGACACCCCGGGGAUCUGAGGGCCCCGUCCGGUCUGUCCUCCGCCGUUUUGGUAGCUUCCAGAAAGGCCAGGCAGAGCCUAAGGUCAAGAGUGCCAUCCCUAAGCCUCCACGCCGGGCCCUGAGUCGGAACAAGGGCAGCCCCGGGCCGGCCUCUGGCUCUGCCGAUCAGAGCUCCAGCUCAGCCCCAAGUGAGGAGCUGACAGGGGCCUUGGAGUCUGCAGGGACUGGGCCAGAGGAAGUGGCCAGGGGGCUAGGGGAUGGCAUCAAGAGCUCAGGGAGGGGCCAGGAGCUGGUCCCUGAGGGUGGUCCCCUAGAACAGGAUCCCCAGAAGCUGGCUGAUGAGGAAGGGCAGGAGGAGCCCCAGUAUGAGAAUGUCGUACUCAUCUCUGGGCCGCCAGAGCCCUGAGGACCUUGAAUUUCGUGAGUGGGAAGACUGGAUGGUGCUUAGGCAUCCGAACUGCCCCGAAUUAGAUGGUGUUUUGUGCUGGGAAAAGAUCCCAGGGCCAGGAAAGACACGCUGGAGCCCCUGCACUUCCACCGGGACAUGUCAGAGCUGGAGGCCAGUUGGCUCUGGCCCUGGCCAUGCUCUGGGAGUGGGUCUGGAAGGCCUGGGCAGAGACCCCACAGGAUGGGGUCAGGAAGGGGAAAGAGAUGGCUGCAGGGACUUUUUCUCUGUUGUCCUGUACUCUGUUUGCCCCCAAAGGCUAUUCUUUCCUUCAUUUGCAAAACAUUUUUCUGAAAUGGGAAACAACCUAAAUGUUUGAUGCUGAAAGAUUAAUUAAAGAGCUAUUCCUUAUGAAAGGUUCCUAAACAACCAUAAUAAAUCAGGUCGUGUAAGAAUAUUUAAUAUGGGAGCAUGUUCACACUAUCCUGCUACAUGUAAAAAGUAAGUUUUCUUUUUACAAAUUUCAUUCCUUUUGGCCUCAGAAUACGUUUAGAAUUCUUCCAUUUUUUGUUUAUUUUGUGACCCUUUUACAGACUUUUUAAAAAAAGAUGGAUGUGCAUAAAAAAGAUUUGAAGGGGCUUCCCUGGUGGCGCAGUGGUUGAGAGUCCGCCUGCCCAUGCAGGGGACGUGGGUUCGUGCCCCGGUCCGGGAAGAUCCCACAUGCCGCGGAGCGGCUGGGCCCGUGAGCCAUGGCCGCUGAGCCUGCGCGUCCGGAGCCUGUGCUCCGCAACGGGAGAGGCCACAGCAGUGAGAGGCCCGCGUACCGCAAAAAAAAAAAAGAAAAAAGAAAAAAAAAAGAUUUGAGGGAAAGGCAUCAAAUGACAUUUUUCUCUGGGAGACGAGAUUGUGGCAGAUAUUUAUUUUCUUCUUAAAUUUUUGCAUAAUUUGCAACUUUUCUACAGUGAACGUUCUUUUCACUUUUCUCACUAGGUUGAAUAUUUAAAAUUAUAAUAGGCAAUAUUCUUCGUUAAAAAUAAAAAGUACUAACAUUAUAGACAUGUCUAGAGUAAAAAUGAGAUUUCUCUUCUCCCCAGAGGAUUCUGGGGGAUGAGGGAGGGGCCAGACUUAAUUUUCACAGAGUGCCUGUUGGUCUAGUUCUGAAUACUUUCCUCACAUACUUGUAUUAGCCAGUCAGGAAAUAAAGAGCAAGUCCCUCCGUCCCAGUGUGCAGAGAAUCUCAUGAACAGGUUAGAUGCUUCCUUUCAAAUGUUUUUCUGUGCGCGUGAAAAUAAAACAACAUACCGUUCUGCAAUUUGCUUUUUUACUUAACAAUAUAACCUGGCUAUCUUUUGAUGUCAGUAAAUAUAAAGCUACCUCUUUUUAUAAAAAAUAGCUGCAUGGGAUUCCAUCAUGUGGAAAUAACACAGGUUAUUUAAACCAUCCCCUGCCUAUGGGGAUGUGGGUUGUUUCUAAUUGUUUUGAUACAAUAAAUGAUGCAGUGGACAACUCGGUCUACAUUUCCUUUUGCAUUAGUGCUAGGUUUUCUGUAGAAGAGCUUCCUGGAGGUGGAAUUGGUGGGUUAUGGGGUAAGAAAAUUAAACAUUUGAGUAUUUACUCCAAUUGGCCCUCCGCAAAAAGUUGAAUGGCUUUGUGUUCUCAUAAAUUAUGUUGACAUCUAUUUCCCCACACCCAAUCUGAUAGGUUAAAAGUGAUAUCUCAUUAUUUUAGCACGCACAAAAAAUAACUAAAGUAAUAACAUUUUUAAUUAUUAAAAAGUUAAACUCUUUGUACAGAUAAAAGUUUUGGGUUUUGUUUUUUGGCCGUGCCAAGCAGCUUAUGGGAUCUUAGUUCCCCGACCAGGGGUUGAACCUGGGCCCUCAGCAGUGAGAGCGCAGAGUCCUAACCACUGGAUAGCCAGGGAGUUCCCCAGAUAAAAGUUUUUUGUUUGUGGGGUUUCUGUUGUUGUUAAGUAUCUUCUUUUUUUUUUUUAUAUAAUGUUAAUUUUUUUCUUUUUUUUAUUAUUUUUGGCUGCGUUGGGUCUUCAUCGCUGUGUGUGGGCUUUCUCUAGUUGCGGCGAACUGGAGCUACUCUUCCUUGUGGUGUGCAGGUUUCUCAUUGCGGUGGCUUCUCUUGUUGCGGAGCACGGGCUCUAGGCACGUGGGCUUCAGUAGUUGCAGCAUGCGGGCUCAGUAGUUGCGACACGUGGGCUCAGUAGUUGUGGCACAUGGGCUUAGUUGCUCCACAACAUGUGGGAUCUUCCCAGCCUGGGGAUCGAAUGUGCGUCCCCUGCAUUGGCAGGCAGAUUCUCAACCACUGCGCCACCAGGGAAUGCCUGUUUGCGUUUUUUAACUAUCAAAAAUGGUACCAUUUGUGCACCCAAUGUUCACAGCAGCACUAUUUACAAUAGCCAGGACAUGGAAGCAACAUCAGUAUCCAUCAAUAGAUGAAUGGAUAAAGAAGGUGUGGCCUAGGACUUCAGGUUCGAGCCCUGGUCUGGGAAGAUCCCAAAUGCCAUGGAGCACCUAAGCCCAUGAGCCACAAUUACUGAGCCAGCACUCUAGAGCCCGUGAGCCACAAUUACUGAGCCCACGUGCCACAACUACUGAAGCCUGUGCGCCUAGAGCCUGUGCUCUACAAGAGAAGCCACCGCAAUGAGAAGCCCACGCACUGCAACGAAGAGUUGCUCCCUCUCACAGCACCUAGAGAAAGCCUGCACACAGCAAGGAAGACCCAACACGGCCAUAAAUAAAUAAAUAAAUAAAU